CGAGCAACUUUCAGCGCCCAUACACCAUUCAACUCUAUACCUCGAUCCCACCAUGGCUGACGUCGAAAUGAAGUCUGCUCCCAAGGAGCGAUCCAACCUCCGAUACGGCCUCAACAAGGGUCACCCUACCACUGUCAUCCCUAAAACCGUCAAACCUUCCCACAAGAAGGGAAAGAAGACCGAGAAGAAGACCUUUGUCAAGUCUGUCAUUCGGGAGGUUGCUGGAUUUGCUCCUUACGAGAAGAGAAUUAUGGAGUUGCUGAGAAACUCAAAGGACAAGAGGGCGAGAAAGUUCACUAAGAAGAAGCUUGGAACCCUCCUCCGAUCAAAGCGCAAGGUUGAGGAGCUUUCUGCGGUCAUCCAGGAGCAACGUCGUCAAACCGGACACUAGGGUGUGACGGGGAGACAUUUGUACGAGAUCGAGCGUCUGCAGGUCGACAUGCAUACUCGGAUGCA